UAAGUGUAAGUUCUUCGAGUGCUGCCUGGUAACGUUACUCUAAAUAACCUGCAAUCUGACUGGCUGGAGGGGAAAGUUAUUCUUUUCAGGUGCACGCCUGUAUAAAAUACCUCUGGAGCAUGCAUCCACCCACAGGAAACUUCUCAUGACCUCUGUCGCAUCAGGUCAGCUCUGAGCCAACAGAAUCCAGCUCUCUGUUUCGUGCGGAGUGACGGUCACUGCGCUAUUUGGUACAAAAUCACUGCCAAGAUAGAGCAAAUGCAGUGUCAGAGGAAUUAGAAGAGAAAUCCUGUCCUUGUGAAUAAACAGAGCAGCAAUAAGGAAUAUAUCAGCUCUUUUGCCAUGAUCUCUGCACAGCAGCCACCAUUCCCCAACAAAAUUCAAACAAUGGACUGCCAAGCCGAGGAAGAAGAAACCUGUGAAGAGCAGUAUGACUCUGAAAACUGCACUUGCAGCUCUGAGCAUGCAGAAUUUGACACAGGCUCACCAGUAACUCUUAAAAUACUGCAGAACUGGGUUCCUAGAGUUUCACACUACUUUGAUAAGGAGCACUAUACGUACGUUGGCCACCAGAUUGUAAUUCAGGAGUCCAUAGAACACUUUGGAGCAGUGGUAUGGCCAGGGGCACUGGCUUUAUCUCAGUAUCUGGAAUCAAAUCAAGAACAAUUCAACCUCAAAGACAAAAAAGUUUUGGAAAUCGGUGCUGGAACAGGCUUGCUUUCCAUUGUGGCCUGUAUCUUAGGGGCUCAUGUUACAGCUACUGACUUGCCUGAAGUUCUUGAAAAUCUCUCAUAUAAUAUUUCCAGAAAUACACAGAACUUGAAUAUGCACAAACCUGAAGUGAGAAAACUGGUAUGGGGAGAAGGCCUCAAUGAAGACUUUCCUGUAUCAACUCACCAUUAUGAUUUCAUACUGGCAACUGAUGUUGUGUACCACCACGGAGCUCUGGACCCCCUGCUAGCAACAAUGGUGUACUUUUGUAAGCCAGGAACAGUAUUACUAUGGGCAAAUAAAUUCAGAUUCAGUACAGACUAUGAAUUUUUGGAAAAAGUUUGCAAUAUAUUUAACACAACCAUUCUAGCAGAAUUUCCAGAAUCAAAUGUCAAGCUGCUUAAAGCCACAGUCAGAAAGAAUUAAAGAGAAAACUAUUACUGAUCU